CAAGCGCUCCGUCCCUUCCAGCGGCAGGCAGCGGGAAGAGAAAGGGUCUGUUGUUUCUCUCUCCUUGUUUCUUGCUCUCUGCUGAUCACCCAGCUGCUGACCGGGUCAGAAAGCCCCGAUGGAAAUCCUCCAGUGUUGGGCAGGCCCCUCCUCCUCCAGAGAGCUUGUCCUCGACUAAUUUUUCUUUGUCCCGAUGGGAGAAAGAGAGAGAGAAAGAAGAAAGAAGAAAAACCACAAACUUCCUUUGAAAACCAGUUUGUAGUCAGGGCCUGGAGCACACGCCCCAGACUCAGCGACUCAGGAAUCCUGAAGACGCUCUGAGCGACCCUGGAGCACCUGGGCUGCGCCUCUGCCUGCCCUCACCCCCCUCCAGUGCCCCCAGUCCUGGGCGUGAGUCCGGAAGUGGCCACGACACAGCCAGGACCGCCGCUUGUAAACCUGUGUAAACCUGUGUAAGCACUGGCUGGCGCUGGCAGCCGGAAAGCAGCUGGCCCUGGUGGUGCCCCUCAUUGUACCCACGUCCCCUGUUGAAUGGCCAGAGCUGAGCCCUCCUUCUCAGUCCUGGAACAUCACCCACUUCUUUAAGGGAAGCUGACUCUACCCAAUGUCUUCAAUUCCACUCCACUCAUCCCUCCCAAGCUCGGAAGCCCCAAGCCCUCCUUAGUCCCAUCUAUUCACAGCAAGUUAGAGGUGGAAGGAGCUCAGCCCGGGGCCCAUCUGUUUAUACAAGCUGAGAAAGACACCUACUACCCAUAGCCAGGAGUGACUACACAGACACUAGCCACACUUCCACACUGCAUUCCUUUUCCAAGACUUUUCUGGGUCCAUUUGCUUUCCAGCCCAAUGAUUUUCUUCUUAUUGGACAGGUCCCUCUUUUGCAUGCCAAGCCUGGUUUAGGAAAGUCUCUGAGAUCAAUAAAUGCCUCCAGUGCCCCUCGGUUGACUACCUUCCAACCAUGGAGCACCAUCAGCCUGAGCAUCCAGCCCCUGGUAAGGCCAUGACUGCAGAAGCAGUCACCCCUGAAAACCAUGAGGUCCUGUUGGGACCGGAUGAGCACCCUCAGGACAAAAAUGCCAAAGAUGCUGAUGGGGCAACUGGAGAACAGGAGCCAGUAGACCAACCUUUGCUGCCUGCCCAGGAUGGGGAUAACCUCGAGUCCCCUCCACCUGAAGCUAGCUCAAGUCAACCAGGGCCAGCCCAUAGGAUGUCGCCUGAAGUGGAGACAAUGGGGACAUGCUUCAUGCCCCAGGAGCUUCCCCAGUCCCCCAAGACCCGGCAGCCUGAGCUAGAUUUCUACUGCGUGAAGUGGAUCCCCUGGAAGGGAGAACGGACACCCAUCAUCACCCAGAGCUCUAACGGCCCUUGCCCUCUCCUCGCCAUCAUGAACAUCCUCUUUCUUCAGUGGAAGGUGAAGCUGCCCCCCCAGAAGGAAGUGAUCACAUCAGAUGAGCUCAUGGCCCAUCUUGGAAACUGCCUCCUGUCCAUCAAGCCUCAGGAGAAGUCAGAGGGACUUCAGCUUAAUUUUCAGCAGAAUGUGGAUGAUGCAAUGACAGUGCUGCCUAAACUGGCCACAGGUCUGGAUGUCAAUGUGCGAUUCACAGGCGUCUCUGAUUUUGAGUAUACACCUGAGUGCAGUGUCUUUGACUUACUAGGCAUACCUCUGUACCAUGGCUGGCUUGUUGAUCCACAG